AUGUCCAUGGGUGCCGGAGAUAGCCAGGACGACGGGGUCUGGAUGAUGACAUCCAGUUUUACCAUUUUCACAAUGACUGCAGGGUUUGGGCUGCUAGAAUCGGGACGAGUAUCACCGAAGGACGAGGUAAACGUAAUGGUGAAAAAUGUGGUGGAUGUGAUUUUUGGA